UUGUGAUGCGGCCGUUGUUUUUGUAGGGUCGCGGUGAGGCUUGAGAAAGAACGGCCCAUGGAGCCGGGAAGCGCUUGGAGGACGGUAUAACCCUCCUCUAUCCCAUCUCCCUUCCGCCGCUUUGUUAGCGCAAUAAACGGUGCGGAGAGGAAAGGGAGCGCUUCCCAAGUACAAUAAUGGGAGCCGGGCUCCUUCCCCAUGGGCCGCCGCUGAGCAGCGGAAAGAAUGUCGGCGCGGGCCGCGGGUGACGUCAGGAGGGAGCAGCGCAGCGCGGCGGCGGCGGUCAGGCAGCGGCAGCGGCGGCCCCGCCACGGCGAAGGAGGAGGAGGAGGAGGAGGAGGAGGCGGCGGCGGAGGAGGCGGGAGCGGCGCCGGCCCCGCCGCCACCGCAGCGGCAAUGGCGGCCGUCGGGGAGCGCAGGUCCCUGCCCAGCCCCGAGGCGAUGCUGGGGCAACCCUGGAGCCAUUGGGUCGAUGCUGCUAAACUUCACGGGAACGACGGAACAGCAUUAGAAGAAAGUUUCAAGGAAUACGGCCGGAACCGAGAAGCAAUGCGACUUUGCCGAGAAGAUAUGCCAAUAUUUGGUCUUUGCCCGGCUCAUGAUGAUUUCUAUUUGGUGAUGUGUAACCACUGUAAUCAGGUCGUAAAACCACAGGCAUUUCAAUCACAUUAUGAAAGAAGACACAGCUCCUCCAGCAAGCCGCCUUUGACUCCUCCCUCUUCUUCAGUAUUUUCCCUCAUUUCAUCUUUCCCUUCAAAAAACAAAGGUAGCAGUGGAAGUGGGAGCAAUCGUUCAUCCAGUGGAGGUACUAGUGCAUCAUCAUCAAAUUCCAAGUUGUUGAAAUCACCCAAAGACAAGCUGCAGAUCAGCGGAAACAACAGGUUAAUGCAUUCGGUACAGCAUAGCAAAGUUCCCCAUGAUAAAAUUAUGACUCCAUCUGUCAAAGUGGAAAAGAUUCAUCCAAAGAUAGAUGGUGCCCAACUGAAAGCUGCUGUUGGUCCAACUUGUUCUACUACUGUGAGUUCCUCAAUAAAGACUGGCCUUAAUUGUCCCUCAAUACCAAAGCCACCCUUGCCUUCCCCUGGACAGAUACUGAAUGGUAAAGGUCUUCUCUCUGUGCCUCCAUUUUUGGAAAAGAAACCUGAAGAAAAUACAAAUAAUAGGAAAUUUUUACAUAAAAGAUUGUCAGAGAGAGAAUUUGAUCCUGAUAUAUACUGUGGUGUCAUUGAUGUGGAAACCAGGAAACCUUGUACUAGGUCUUUGACAUGCAAGACACAUUCCUUAACCCAGCGGAGGGCUGUACAGGGUCGAAGAAAACGAUUUGAUGUGUUAUUAGCUGAGCACAAAAGCAAAACCAGGGAAAAGGAACUUCUUCGACAUUCGGAUCAUCAUCAGCAGAUGCCCCCUCUCAGGGAACCACAUCCCUCACCUACUAAAACUUCCCAGGAGCUGCACCAAAAUUCUCAUGGAGUUACUCUUACAGAAUCAAAGCCUUUAUUACCUAAUAAACCCAAACCUCACCCCCCCAGUCUUCCAAGGCCUCCAGGCUGUCCAGCCCAGCACAGUGGAAAUGCCCCUAGUGAGUCUCCUUCUGUCCACGAGUCCCCGCACCCUCCCUUGCCUGCAGCUGAGCCAGCAUCUCGGUUAUCCAGUGAUGAGGGAGAAUGUGAUGAAAAAGAAGAGCCUGUUGAAAAACUGGAUUGUCAUUAUUCAGGUCAUCAUCCUCAACCAGCCGCUCUCAUUUCCCCAAAGUCCAAAAGAAAUCAGAAUACCAAAACACUGAGGAUCAAAUUGUUUUGCACAUUUGGUAGUCAGCAAAUUGGAAGAGGUUAUUACGUGUUUGACAAGCGGUGGAACCAUGUUCGAUGUGCACUUGACUUCAUGUUGGAGAAGCAUCUUAAUUCACAGAUGUGGAAGAAAAUUCCUCCAGCAUCCAGUAACACAGCAUCAGUUCGUGCACCUCAUCGGACAAACUCGAUGCCUGCUUCGCAGUACGGUGUCAGUGCAGCAGGUUUCCUCUUACCCACCACGGUUAUGUCAUCGCCAGCGUUGGUAUCUCCUUCCUGUGUGUCUCUGAAUAAUAAAUCGGUACCAUCACAUGGAACGACACUAAAUGCCAAUCCUGCUACUCUGGGUGCAGUGGAUCCUGUCUGCAGUAUGCAAUCAAGACAAGUGUCUUCAUCCCCUUCAACACCUACAGUGCUUUCCUCUGUACCUUCACCUAUGCCCAGCAAACCUCAGAAAAUGAAAUCCAGCAAAUCUUUUAAACCUAAGGAAUCUUCUGCUGGCAGUGGCACCUGUAACAGCACCGGCAGCGUCAGUAGCAGCGGCGGCUCAGGAAAGAAGCGUAAAAACAGUUCCGCACUGCUAGCACCUUCUCAUUCCACAGAGUCCUUUAGGAAAAACUGUGUGGUUAACUCUGGAAACUCUGGGACCUCCUAUCAUCCAUCGGUGACAGCUUCGUCCCACAGCGUUGGCCUCAACUGUAUGACUAGCAAAGCUAACUCUGUUAGCCUCAAACAUGACCAAUCAGGGAGGGGUCCUCCGACUGGAAGCCCUGCAGAAUCGAUAAAGAGAAUGAGUGUGAUGAUGAACAGCAGCGACUCCACGCUCUCCUUAGGGCCAUUUGUUCAUCAGUCCAGCGAGCUGACUGUAAAUUCACACAGCAGUUUUUCACAUUCGCAUACUUCCCUUGACAAAUUAAUAGGAAAGAAAAGAAAGUGCUCACCUGGUUCAAGCAGCAUAAACAGCAGCAGCAGCAAAGCAAAUAAAGUUGCCAAAUUGACAUCGGUGAACAAUGUUCAUGCAAAACACACUGGUGCAAUCCCAGGGACACAAGGACUGAUGAACAAUUCUCUUUUUCAUCAGCCAAAGGCACGUCCCUGAUAGCUGAAUGCACCACGGUGAGAAACGAACUGGACACUUUUCACUACAAGCAAAACCUCCAUCUGGAUUUCUGGACUCCAAGAUGCCUUGAGUUUUCCCAACUUCCCAUGGUCCUCAGGUGUGGAAAUCUACUGGACUGUCACUUAAACAAGGAAUUUCCCUGAAGCCAUGUCUGUAGCAGCGACUAUACUAGAAAUGGACACUGGAUGAAGUUCAGCCACAUAAUUGCUCUUAUCAGUGUUAACGGUGGUCUGGACUGUUUGCUACAAAUCUGUGAGAUUUUACUUACAGGAGUACAUCAUCUUGCCACUAUUUGACAUAGAUUGGCUGGGCAAAGGAAUGUUUUCUGGGGGGAAAUAAACGUUACUGUGGACUUAUUUUUAUAUUGAUGGUGUCUUUUGUAGGUGAUAGCUAACCAGACAGACACCCUCAAUGGAGAGGACCCCGUGACAAGGGGGAAAAAUGUGUGAGGCACAAUGGAAAGAAGCCCUCGAGAAGGGAAUAUGGCUUUAGUGUUUUUAUAGCAAUGUUCCUUUAAUGGAAUAGAAAAAUAGCACAAUUCAAAAACUAGUCUGUUUUGCCCAGCCUUUUGCAAGUAAUUUGGGAUAAGAAGCUAUCAGGAGUUUAAAAAAGACAGCAACAAAACAAACCCAACAAAACCCAGAGAAAACUUGUUUGAAGCCAUUGCUCAGAAAACAAGUAUAAAAAUGUUGUACUAGCAUGACACAAACCUUAUUUUCUAUUCUUUUGAAUAAGAUUUGAUUGCAGAAGAAAAUAAGUUAGGUUUGUUUUUUAAAAGAAUCCAAAACCAUCCAACAGACAAAGGCAAAUAAGCUCUAAAACUAUAUGCCCAAAGAACGUAUUUAUUGACCUAUGCUGUAUACCAUAGGCCUUUGUUAUUUAAAAGGAAUAACAAGUGUAUUGGUUAAAUGAGGCUGGAUUUGCCUUCCAGCUGGUAAAAAUAGACCUUUUUAAAGUAAGUAUUUAAAGUAUUUAAAUAUUUUCUAAAAAAACCCCAUAAAAGCCAGUUUCUUUAUGCCUUGUUUGUACAACUAUGUCUUUGACAUGUUACACUUCAAAACCACUACCCAGUUCUGGAAUAAAGGCCAAUUUGGCAGCAGAGCAUCCCACGCCUACCCAGGCUUUCUGAGUAAAGGAACUUUACCCAUUUUUAUAUAGUCCAGUCAGUUUUGAUGAAUGAUUUUUCUCUUGCUUCAAAACACCUCAAAAGUGAACUCCACUAAAGGGCUUAUUUAUCAUGAUUUGAUCCUCCUGGAUGUUUUUGUUAAGUUUUUAAACAUCAGGUAAAGUCUCAAAACUGACCUGAACUUUUAUUAAGGGGGCAAAGCAAAGGAAAACAAAUUCCUAACGAAGAAGAUAGGGUUUUUCUUCCUGCCUUAAAGGGGCACCAGCUGUUGCUGAGAAGAGACAAUCUGAGCCUGUCCAAUUGUUUGCGUAGCCCAGCCUUCUUCCCAGUUCUGGUGGCAAGUAGUAAGUACAUCAGGGAAUCCAAAGCCACUCUGAGUAGCAGUUGCGUAGUUGUUUACCUAACGAUGCUUUCAGUUUAACCUGAACUUGCUACGAAAUCAUUGUUAUAGCAAAACAACAAGAAGCCUCUAUGCAGACACUUUAGCUUUGAAUUGAUACAAAAGAUCACAUUUGAGAAAGCAAUGUACUUAGACACUUAUUAUGCAAACUUAAAUAUAGACAACUUUUCAGGAACAAAAGGAUUUGUAUUUCAUAAGGUGCCCCGGUGAAAGGAUUGUUACAACUGCAAUUGGGAUAAUGUAAAAGGAACCAAAGUGAUAAUGCCACAAAGAGAAACUGGAGUGAAAUCCAUGCUCCGAUGAAGCCCCUGGGGCAGAGCUUCCAUGUCGGGAUAGCGCCAGUCACAAGUGCAAUUUGACUCUUGAUAGGCACAGAGGUAAAGGAAACAGGAAUUUGGCCAAGGUUGACCACUAGUGAGUCUGUGAUCGAGCUCUCCUCUGGUCUUUGAAGGUUCUGUUGAUCUGAAAGCAUAAUGGCAAACUCGUGCUCCUUCGGUAGCGUGCAGCCGUGUUAACGCGGGAAUUCCCCAUUGCUGCUCAUGCAGUGCCCGUGUGGCUGGAAGCCGUUGGGAGUAAAGAGUUAGAACAUCCUAAAUCCUGUCUGCCCUUGAGCAUAGACCUGCUUAAAUAUUAUGUUUUCGAUCUUGGUUACGAGCAGAACAUUGUUCCUGAAGCUUUUUUUAUCGUCACGUAGUUCUUACUGUAAAUAAUUAAGGAAGCUUAACAAUUAAUUUUUCCGUGCAAAAUGGAAUUUGCAGUGGCUGGGUUGUUUCUAGACAGAUUUUGGUAUUAAUUUAAGAGAUACAGUUUUUAUAAGUCUUUCCAACUUCUCGUUACGACUCCUGCAGUUUUCUUAACCUACAAAAUUGCUGCAAUGAUGAACAAAGAAUUAUACAAGGAAAAAAGAAAAAAAAAAAAGACAAAAAAAACCAUACUUUUGUAUCUUUAUUUUGGAAUUUCUUGUUCUAUUAUAAAUAUUGAAGUAUCCCUAUUUCA